GAGCAUUGUCUGUUUUCCAAAGCCGGUCCUAGUUAACGAGUAAGCAAUGGCCCAGAUGCUCACUUAUCUUCUCAGCUUCUUGUUGUUGUCGGAAACUGCCCGAGCCGGACAUGGGCGGGGAAAACUGUUUCCUCAGGAGACAACAAAAGUCGUGCACGCUGCGUCGUCCUUUUCCGAGUAUAAUUCAGAGAGAGUUACGAUUAAAUAUGCACCCGUCUCGGUACCACCAAUGAGCGAGAAUGAUGGCAUGGCUCAGUUUUUCCAGCCCUCGACCACCCUGCCAUGCCGGGACUGUGUCAUCACGUGGCUGCAAAUGGGUCUUGAGCAUGCUGAUGGAAUCGUCGCCGAUGCCAACACAGGCAUGUGGCUACACCAUGGAGUAAUGGUGAACAGAAAUCGGACGGAUGCGGUAUGUGGGGACGGGUCGUAUGGCCAGAGGUUUGCGGCCUCAGGGAACGAAAGGACGGCGCUUGAUUUUUCUGCUGGCGGGACUGUCAAGGCCGGUUACUACGUUGGGCCUGCGGAUGAAGUCGCUCUCGCCGUCGACCUGAUGAACAUGCUUCAUUCCGAGCCGCAGCCGGACAUUGUCUUCACGAUAACUUACGAGUAUAUCAAAGGCUGCCACGCUCAAGAAUUUAUCUCCCUCACGCCUUACUGGAUGGAUGUCGGAGGAUGCAGGUCCUCCGAUGUGCCAGCUUAUCGAGAUUCGGUAUUCAACUAUUCCAGUCCGACCCUGAAAGUGUCGGCACAAGGAGUAAUUGCCUUCGUCGGAGGCCAUUUGCAUGACGGCGGUACGCACAUCGAUUUCAUCAAUAAUGGCAGGGUCGCUUGCAGUGUGAAUGCUCUGUAUGAUCAGUAUCAGUACCUAGACGAUGGGAAGGUGACAGAACAUGUCUCCGGCAUUGAAAGCUGCAAGUUGUGGGAAGACAUUGCCCCGGAGGAUGAAUGGUCAAUCGUUGCGUACUACGAUACCAACUUGCACGAGCCAAUGCGGAUGAUGGAUGGCUCGCUUGAGCCAGUCAUGGGUAUCAUGCUCGUAUAUGUUGCUCCUGGGUUGGGUCGAUCUGAGAUGACAAGGACCAAGUUUCUGAAUAUUGUGCUCGGGCUCGUGAGCUUGACUGCGAUGGUGUUCCUGGUUGUUGCUUGGUACCGCCUUCAGGGCCGCUGUGGAUCUGGGAAGAAAAUAUUUGUCUCCACGGAUACGCUAUCGACCAAGGACCGAGACCUGGAACAAGAAGCAGUGGUGCCUUUGAUCAAGACAUGAACCAUGCGUUCAAGGUUCCGGGCAAAAUCGGUCGAUUUCUCAGGGGGAAAGCAAGUGCAGUGAACACUGAUUCUAAUCGAAAGUACGUGGGAAGUUCAGAAUGUCAAUCAGAAGCUGGAAAUACCUCCUUGUAGUCACCCUGGAUUUGACGAGACCGUGAGUCGAACAGAGA